AAAUAAAUUGUUUCGUUAGUUAAUGAUUACGGUUUUAUUAUUUUCUUUUGUUUCAUUUUAUUGUGAUAAAUUAAUGUUUCUAUCGGUUUGGAAUUGUUUUUAUUUAAUUUUCAGGUGACAAGGAGGGAAAAGAAAAAUCGUAUUGUGGAAAAAGAUGAUUAAUUCUUUGCAUGAUUCCGCUUUCCUGAUAGAUGAUGAAUCCAAUGAACCGCUUUCAUUUCAUCGGGUUAAUAGUGUGGAGAUACUUUAUGAGAAGAAAAAGAAACGAGCUAAAUUUAUUGGUCAUUAUAUUUUAGGUGAUGUUCUUGGUGAUGGUUCCUAUUCAAAGGUGAAAGAAGUUAUCGAUAGUCUUACCCUUGAGAGAAGAGCUUUCAAGAUAAUGAAAAAGAAAAGACUUCGAAAGAUACCAAAUGGUGAACAAAAUGUCCAACGAGAGAUUGAAUUAUUACGCCGAUUGGAUCAUAAGAAUGUAAUCAAAUUGAUUGAUACCUUUUAUAAUGAAGAGAAACAAAAGUUGUACAUUGUCAUGGAAUAUUGUGCCAUUGUAUUACAAGAGAUUCUCGAUAGUGUUCCAGGAAAACGUUUACCCCUUUGGCAGAGUCAUGGUUAUUUUAGUCAACUUUUAGAGGGUUUAGAUUAUCUUCACUCUAAAGGUGUUAUUCAUAAAGAUAUUAAACCGGGUAAUUUAUUGAUCGACAAUUCUGGUACCGUGAAAAUAAGUGAUUUUGGUGUUUCCGAGUUACUUGAUAUUUUCUCUCAAAGUGAUGUAAUUUCCACAAGCCAAGGUUCCCCUGCCUUCCAACCACCUGAAAUUGCUCGAGGCUGUGAAUUUUUCCAUGGAUUUAAGAUUGAUAUUUGGUCUUCAGGUGUAACAUUGUACAAUAUUACCACUGGUUUAUAUCCAUUUGAAGGAGAUACUGUAUAUAAAUUGUUUGAGAAUAUUUCAAAAGGUGAAUUCACCAUUCCAAAUGAUUUAGAUGAAUCAUUAUCUUCCCUGAUUAAUGGUAUGCUUGAAGCUGAUCCUGAAAGACGAUUUACUCUCAUUCAAAUACGAAAUCAUGAUUGGCUUAGAAAAAAACAAGUACAAGAUUCGCCAUCAUUGAUAAUACCCAAUCGUCCCAAUGGUGAUCCAUUCCGGAGUAUGACAGUUUUACCUUAUCUUCAUAAUUUACAUUUUCCAAGUGAAUCAUCAAGCAGACAAUCAACCGGUAGUGGAGGAGAUGGUAAUCUUGAAGCUGCUAAUUCACUGAAUCAUCUAGUUGAAAUUUGGAGAGGUUCUUAUGUCAAUCAAACAUCAGGGUACAGGCAACAACCAUUUGAUCAGAAUGAAAACAAAAACACCUCAGCUGAUUAUCUUACAAUCGCCACUGGAUCACAGGGGAAAAGGAAAUUUUCUAGACGAAGCUCAACUAAUCAAAAGUCUAGUAAAGCAAAAUUUUUCGGAUGCUUAGGAGUCAAAUCAUUUUGUCAUCAGUCUUGACCCUUAACCUCUCAACUAUCAGCAUUUGUUUUGGUUUUUUUUUCUCGUCAUUUUUUAUUUGUCAUCUUUUAAGAAACAAAAAAAAUCAACAACAAAUUGUAAUCAAUUUUGAGUCAAUAACAAACAAAUAGAGAUGAAAACUAAUUAAAUGAUUAAGAAAGAAUCAAAAACAAUUACUAUUUAAUGUGUAAAUUUGUGUAAUUAACUUAAUCAACAAACUAUCAUUAUUUUAUUAACCAUAAUCACGUGAAAAACUGAAUAAUUGUAAAUAGAAACGUGGAAACAAUUAAACAGUCUGAUGUUCAUCUUAUUUAA